UGAGUUAUGGUUUGGCACUAUAUAUAGCCCUGAAUCUCCAAAACCCUAGCACCCAUCCUUUGCGAUUCUCAUCUCAGUCCUCUCUCUCUCUCUCUCUCUCCCUCGCCGCCUCUCAGUCUCUCACCUCCCUCGUCAGAAUGAAGAUCAUCGCCGCUUACUUGUUGGCCGUUUUGGGAGGAAACGCAUCUCCUUCCGCCGCUGAUUUGAAGAAGAUUCUCGGUUCAGUUGGAAUUGAGGCAGAGGACGAGAAGAUCAGCUUCCUCUUGUCUGAGGUCAAGGGCAAAGAUAUCGCAGAGCUAAUUGCAUCUGGAAGGGAGAAGCUAUCAUCAGUCCCAUCUGGUGGUGGUGCAGUUGCUUACUCCGCACCCGCAGGAGGAGCCGCUGCUGCCCCAGCUACUGCCGCCGAGUCAAAGAAGGAAGAGAAAGUUGAAGAGAAGGAAGAAUCAGACGAUGAUAUGGGUUUCAGUCUGUUCGACUAAAAGCUUUGAUAUGAAGAUUUUGAGUUUUUGGUAAUGGAAUUUUGUUUUUUUAGUUUAUUUUAUUCUUAUUUAGAUGUUUAGAGGAGGAAGCAAAGUUUGAGACACUUCAGAGAUAAUUUAUCUUUUGAGUUUUUAGUUGGAUGUUUCCUGUCCAAAUUACUGCAUAUUUUUCCUCAAUUUAAGCUUAAUAUUAGUACA